AGGGGUCUGCAGAAGCAAUGGCCACAGAAGCCCCUGUGAACCUAGCCCCUCCUGAACGCAGCACCGUCGGCAGCUCGACAGCUGACAGCUUCAUCUGGCAGCCAGACUCGGCCAACAUGCACGUCCUCAGGCCCAAGUCCGCCAAGGGACGGACGCGGCCCAGUCUGCACAGACCACAGGGCGCAGAGCUGUGCCCUCACCGCGCGCCAGCCUCCCUGCCUCCAGCCAUCCCCUGCGAGUCGCCAAGCAGCCAGAGACCGGGAGCCUGUGCACCCAAGUCUCCAAACCCGGGAGCUCCCGAUGAGAUCCCCGAGCUGCUGCAACAGGUGCUGGCUGGCGCAUCCUCUUCCCUCAAUAAAUACCCAGUCCUCCCUUCCAUCAACAGGAAGACCCUGGAGGAGGGGUCUGUGGAAACAGUAGCUAAAAAGGUCGGCUCCCUGCAGCUGGGCAGCAUCCAGGCUCUUGACCAAGAGGAGACUGGCACCGUGAAGACAAGUGAAGAAGAUUCCAGAGCUCCUGCUUAUUCCCCAGAGAGGAAAGUCAUCAUCCAGACCAGGAGACAGACCUCCCCCGGGGCUGGGGACGUGGAGGAGACAUCAGAUCGAGAGCCGAGGCUUCUGCUGGCCAUCAGAUCGCCGUCGGGCCGAAGGUUCGUUCACCAUUUCCGGCCCACCGACGCCUUACAGACCGUCGUAGCCGUGGCCGAACACCAGAACCAGGCCAGUUACCAGCCCUGCAGCAUCGCAGUGAUGGGGCUGCCCAGGAGACGUUUCUCUGACCUCACCAGAUCUCUGCAGGAGUGCAAAAUCCCCCACAAGUCGGUGCUGGGCAUCUCUCAGGAAGAAGGGGAGGGGGAGCCCUGAGUCCACAGUCCCCCAGCUGGGGUCCUGGGUCUCUGAGU